AUGACUGAAAGUCAAGAAUCACUUUUGCUUAGUCAGGAAAUGACAUUUUCACAUAUAAAAUCAGCUUUAAUGAAAUUUAAUGCACUUUCCACGGAGGAAUGUAAUCAAGCUCAGGUGCAAACCAGAUUGUCUAUGUUAGAUGCUAAUUGGAGUAAGUUCAAAAGUUGCCAUGAUAAAAUUACACGCACCAGAUUGACUGAGGAGAUACGGAAAAACAAAUAUUUUACUGAGGAUAUUUAUGCAGCCUGCGAGGAAACGUAUGUAAAUGCCAAGUCACUAAUGCUUACAUCUCUAGAAGAGUUUCGUAGUAUCACGUCUACUGAUAAUAGCAUCAUGAAUCAGUCCAUAAAUAAUUCCUCUCAUUUACGCUCCUUACCGAAAAUUACACUACCCAAGUUUUCUGGCAGUUAUCAUGAUUGGAGGCCAUUUCAUGAUUUGUUUACAUCUAUGAUUCAUUCAAAUAGUGACUUAACAGCCGUUGAAAAGUUUUAUUAUCUAAAAAGCAGCCUCAGUGGUGAAGCACUACAAUGUAUUUCAAAUCUACCAGUCUCAUCGGAGAAUUUGCACCAGCUUGGAAAAUCCUGUGCACGCAAUAUGAAAAUACGCGGAUGUUAA